AUGACGGGAAACGAUGCCAAUGUCAAUAGUAUUAAACCGGGGAAGCUACUUGAGCUUGCGCAUUUUUUGACUCGGUUUCAGAAGCACUAUACGACUCCUAAUGACGACGACAACAGCGACGAUGAAGCAAGCGAUCUUAUUCUUGUUAAGAUGGAAGAUCUAGAGGCCGUGACUAGAUACCGAAGGAACUUUCUCAAGAAGGAAAGUCUUAAUGACAGGUACUAUGUGGCAGAAGAAGGCAGCAAAUCAAGAAACUCGACGCAGGCCAUCAACCGCCUUCAAGCAAAGCGGUUGGAAAAAGAAAUAGAAGUGGUCAACUCAAAAGUCAGCAGCUCGAAACGGACCAAGCGGAUACAUCAUUUGCUGCUGCGAUUUGAAGUUUGGACUACGAAAGUCUUGGCGCAAAAGGACUUUGUUACUUCAUGCGGUGCAUUGCUCGAGGACACCAAAAAGACGAAGUAUUCUCAUUUUUCGCCCCAUUUAAACAUCCCUUGUUCAGACCACUUCUGCAAUAUCCUCCCAGAAGUUUCGCAAAAAGAGUGGUCGACACCAAAACUGCCCUCUGCUAUGCAUCAUAUGCCAAGUGCCAGCUGCACCCUACCAGUGACACCAAACAAACACACAUGGCAAGAGUUUGCGAAGAUUUCUAGGAUGAUAUCUAUAUUGGAUGAAACUUCUCGCACGGAGAUAUACAAAUCCAGCUCCUGUAUCUUCGACAUCAAAGGCAGGAAUUCAUACAAGGAGAUAUACAAUCAACAGUAUGAGUUUCAACCUCUGGAUUUGGUGGCGUUGUGGGUGCGAGCCCAACGUGAUUCAAAAGCCAAUCGCCAUCUCAAUCUUCUGUUUGAAAUCCAAUAUGGUAAUCAGGAAAAUGCGUCAUCGAAAAUAAAAGCCGUCUACAAGGGAAAUCCUUUCAACACUCAUCGAGUAUGCGAAGCCAGUCCUAAGGCCGAUCAGCUUGUGGAAUGGGCAGUCACGAACCAAGUUCUCUUCUCCUAUGAUCAAGUCCGCUCACACAUUCAGCUAGCAUGUCUGAAACAGAAAAGAAAAAAUCGCGAUGAAGAGGAGAGAAGCCAAAGAAAGAGAAAACGGCAGCGACGGGAUGGAAACUCAGAUGAGCAAGACUUGGAUCAACUUCGGCAGGCUUGUUGUGUCUUUGUUUUGCGAUGGUUUGGAAGGAGGCAUCGCAAAUUGACUUCUGUGUUAUUCUCAAAGAAACAGAAUAUUCUCCAUCUAGAUAUUGGUUGCAGAGAAGGGGAUCGCAAUGGCGCAAAUCUGCUUCAUGAAAAGGUCGAUGAAGGAAUACAAAACUAUUUGCUGAAGCCAGAGAUAAAUGGAAAAGUUGCUUUCGCAAAAGACAAAACACUUGCUAGAAUUGACCGAAGAAUACGUAAUUAUGGCAACCAAAUCACUCUAAAGUCUCAAGUGGAAACGUUGUUGGACGCACUUUACUCAGCUGGAAAGAGCCAUGGUGUGAGGUUAGAACUCAAAGAAGCUGCCAAAUCAGAUUUUCGAAUGUUGCAUCGCCACUUCUUUGAGGAACCAGAGAAUGCACUCGAAGCCGCAGCAAUGCUGACAAAUAUUGAAGACGAAUCGAUCACAAGUAUCACGAAUCUUCUGAAUGGUGCGCCAAGCCCAUGGCAGCAACACUGCGCGCAUUGUGAUUAUGAGGGUGUGGAAAACAACCCACUCCGCACUUGCGCUUGCUGUGCGUCUCCUUUCCACGAGGGGUGUACAUCAUGGAGGGGGGAACCUGUGUCGGAUAUCAUAUCCUCGUACCCACCACUAGGUGCGCUUUGUACAGUUCAACUACCGCCCACAGAGACUCUUCCAAACUUUCGUGAUAAUAAUGCAGUCAAAUGGACAGAAAUGGAAAUUCUGGUGGAGCGGCGACUAGAUGAUAUUGGGUGGUUGGAAAUGUCACUUGGUUUAUCAAUGGCGCCAACCGAAUCCUGCUAUGACUCCUUCAAAAAUCUGACUGAUGGGACUAUUCUCGAUUUAGCGAAAAUGAUUGCUGCCGACAAAAGCAAUCAGAGACCGUCAUUUCCGAUGGCAUUAACUGUCAAUGGGUCGUUGAUUUAUGAUGUUGCUAACGGCAACUGUGUAGGAAAUAGAGCUGGAUUGCGAAAAGGAGAUGUGGUCCAACACUUGCAAAUUGUGGAACUAUUCGACCGUGCCGAUAUUUCCUCGUUGCCUCCUCAGAGAUCCUUUGACUUUCAGAGCAUUUCCAAUGAUGACCGUAUCAACGCAUUCAAAAUUCCCGCCAAGAAGAUCAAAGUUCACAUCGUGCGUCCUAGCAUUGACAUAGUUGAGUCAAGUCACGACUGGUACGAACAGGUCAAAGUACGAAAUAAAGCCCGAACUGCAGCAAUGAGCGAAAUACAUUCAGGAGACAUUUGCAGCAAACUUUGGCAGUGUGGAAAUUGUCAAUGUCAGUUCACGCAAGAGAAACAAACACCUCGAAGUGUGAAAGAAGAAGCAGAAUUCUGUAGGGCCGUGAUUCGAAGGAUAGGAAUGGAGUCAUAUGCGCAUUCUUUCGAAGCUGAACGUACUGCGGGGAAUGAUAACUGUCCAGCUGUGAGUCUAAGGAGACUUGAUGCGAUGAUGACGCACAUCGUCAAUCGCCAUUCUGUGGCUGGCAAAUCUGGUGAAUCGUCUGCGAGAUCAUUUCUCAACCCUCCUUGGGUAGUAGAAGGUGGGUCUCAUCUGGCUUGGACCGCAGGAUUAGAAGAGCGACCAAUGGAACUGUUGUGCAAGGGAGUUGGCACUAUAUCUGAAUCCGCAUCCUUGGGCAAUGGAGGGAGCAGGAAUGCCGCAGAUGUUACGGCAAUGUUUCGUCACUUUCUAAUUGCAUUCAGUUCAUGGUGCGUUCUACCUUGCAAGGGAAAUCGAAGAACCAGAGGGCCCCCACCACUUUUUCGGUCCAUGCUCCCGCCUUGGAUAUUGCCCUCGUGUACAAUAUGUUCAGGUCGACCCGUCGCGGCCGGGAAUGCCAAAGUUUGUAAUAAUCCCGCAUGUUCCACGCUUGCAAGGUCUAAUUACUUUCAAAUGGAUGACUUUCCAGAUGAAGAAGUAGCAACACUCGCAAGGACGAUCGAGAUGUACGAAAGUAGAUCCUCCCUCGUUGGAACAACAUUUCUCGUUCACCAUGACGAUCCUCUCGUCAAAGCUGUGUCCAAGGUGGUCAACAUCGAACACAACAGAAGACCAGUUGAGUUCGUCAUUGCGAGCUACCUCCCAAAGGAAUUUCGGGAUACAGUAUUGAACGGGAAUCAGAUCUGGGAAGGGGACAAGUGUUCAGAUGAUGAUGGCAUCUUUCAUCUGCUACCUGUGAUUUCGGCGACUCAAAUUGACUUCCUUCUCGACCGUCUGAAGACGCGAAAGAAGCCAGCAGUAUCAGACUCUACAGGUGACGCAUCGUGGGCAUCUCUAGAAGCUUUGAACGUUCCGGGUGUUGCACGGUACUCUUUCUCAGAUGUAGAGCGGAAGCGCUUUGAAAGCGCCAAAAUUCGAAUUGCCAUGGAAGGGGCCGUUGUUCGCAAAUGUAUGCUCCCUCCUAAAACAACAGGAGCUUGCAACGAAAUUAUUGAAGAGCCUUCAAGGUUUGAACUUAUUGACUUCGUCGUCUCGCAACUUGAGCCUUUGAACUCCGUGGCUUAUGGCAGCUGCCUGACUUCUGCAGCAUCACACUUGCUCUCGCAGGACGAAUUUCAACCUGGAGUAGAAACCGUGACAUACAGAAGUAAAUCGACUCCGCGAAGCAACUGGCCAAUUGCUGCUAGAGCAGGGAACGGAACUAGAACUCGGCAAGACGUGUUUGGCGAAACCUUGCUGCUGCCUCGCCUGCGAUCCAUCGUCUGUGCUCCAGAACUGAAAUAUGAUGUGUUGAUCCCCAAACAAGAUGAUUGUGUUUUGGUAUAUUCUGAUCUACAUUUUGAAAGCGACGAAGAUUGCGCUAGAUUGAAACGGCAACUGCAGCCUGAAGUACUAAAUAAACCAAGGGAACUCAAUCUAUCGAGCCGAAGUUUCUCAGGACGCAGCAAGACAAUCUUGUUACUGAAGCUUGAUUCGGAAAUUGAUUCGGGAUGCCAAGGAGUAGGUUGGGGUUUUGAAUUGGUCCGAUGGGAGCACGAGGAAGCGCUCCGAGUGGGAAGGAUACGUUCUCUAUCUCCAGCUCAACGCGCAGGCCUCCAAACAGAUGAUGUUAUUACAUCAGUGGGUGGAAGGAAAAUCAACUCGUUCGAUCAAGUGAACUUGAUAUCAACAAUACUUGGAGCCUCGAAUGUAUGUGUCCGAACAGAGGACUCCUUGGUUGAACCAGAGGGAAUCAUUUCUACUGUACUUGGGAACAUUGUAGAGACUUGUAAUCUUGACCCUGUUGUGCUCAAAGUUUAUCGACCUUCGCAAGAAUCGGAUGAAAGCCUCGCUCGCGAUUCCUCAAAUCUCCAGCUUGUCGCUCAAAGACACCAGACUUUGCAGUCUAUCGAACUCGACUCCACAAAGAACCCAAUUCACUGCGCAGAUGAUGAGGUAUUGGUUCUCGGUACAAUAAAUCAUUCCACCCAGCCACCAAACCAGCUACAAGUUGUCUCUCGCGACAGGUCCCAGAAUGCAACAGUACUUCAAGAUACGUCUCGUCAUCAACUUGCUUCAGGCGUGGCCACAACAGCGAGAGUACCAAAGGCGCCCAAGAAUCAAACUUUCGACCGAACUAAAGCGUUCAGUGCUCUUUACAUCCGGUUGCACACCCACCAUGGUCGACGACCUGUGUUGAGUACAGAUCAUCUGUACUUUCCGGCAAAAAAUGGAGUGAUCUUGACUUUGGGAGAAACAGCACUUCUCCUUGAAUGUUUCAAGAGGCAGCAGCCAAAGCUUGGAAUUCGGUUGCUGUGUCCACGCUACAAUCCUGCUUUGGUUCGGAACCAAUUCAAAAUCAUGGCAACAUGGACAUCACAGGUCAUUCAAAUUAUGCCAAAACUAACAGAUCAAAUGUUUGCCUCAUUCAUGGCAUUGGACUGGAGGCGAGCCAUUAAUAAGGAGAACCCUGAAAUUGGAGAAGUGGUGUUUCGGGAGGCCAAUCCCGAUGCAACAAGCAGCGACGAUGCUUUUUGGACGUACCGAUAUCCAGUUGACAGACUCCCGGUCGACCGGUGUCUGGAGAGAUUGCUUGCUUCAGCGCAGCAAACCCAGUCGCAGCAAAUGCACUACCAGCAGCAGUUCCACCACCAUGAGAAUCAGCCCCCUCCACACCAACAAGGUCAGUCACAGCAAAUACACUACCAGCAACAAUUCCAACACCAUGAGAAUCAGUCCUUUCCGCACCAGCAAGCUCAGUCUCAGCAAAUGCAGUACCAGCAGCAUUUCCAACACCAUGAGAAUCAGUCCCCUACGCAGUAUGGCUCACCGCCCAGUGGAAUGGAACCGUCUCUACAAUAUGGCCCACAGCCCAAUGGACCUCCCCAUUAUGACCCACCGCCCGACCCAUUGAAGCAGCUUCCAUAUUAUGGCCCACAACGCAACCCAUUAGAGCCGCCUCCACAUUAUGAUCCUCAGCUAUUUGAGCCGCCCACGCAGAAUCGUCCACCUCAAGUGGCAUACAGACCAAAUGAAAGCAACCAGGCGACGCACAUGAACGGGGAGCGUAUUCGUGGUGGUGGGACCUCAAUCGACGACGAAGUGGGUAGAACACGUCUUUCAGAAAUACCGGUGAAACAAUGGAAUGGGUUGCCCGUCUACAUGUUAGUUCAGACAGAAGAAUCAAAAGAAAACAAAAUGCUGGUUGGAUUUGUGAACCCUGAGCCAGAUGUUAAGCUUGUGGCGGAGAUGACGAUUGAUGUUGAGUGUCAUUUUCUUGAGGACAUUGGAGAGUUUGUUGAUGCCGUCAUGCACAAAGAAGCGAGCAACGAAAUUUUUGUAAUCGAUAUGACCGCAAAUGAUGGUUAUUCUGCAACCGCUUCUUCUGUCAUUAGAGAGCUAUACGCAAAAGGGAAAGGGCCUGCAAAGAACCGUCUCAAUCAUACCGACACAAAUGCAGGCACUGAGCUACAAGACGGUGGUGAUCAAAAGCUAUCGAUCGAUGCAAACAACUCGAAUACAAACCAUGACGGACUUUCUCCCAAGAAUACUGCAGCAGCUGCAGCUACAGACAGUCCAGAGAUACAGAGUGCACCAGGCUCCAAUUUACUCAAUCAAGCAGAGACGGCAGUCACGGAACAUGAAUCAAGGCAAGAAACUCCGUGCGACACCUCCUGCAAUUCGACCCUAGAUAGAGAAGUGCCCCGACAAUCGAGCUCACUACCACCGCCAAACAAAACAAAGGGUCAAAUGAACUAUCUUGGCGAUUUUCCGGACGGUCGAAAUUGUUUCUGGAUUGUCAAUGAUCCUGAAGCUCUCUACAUUACCAUUGACCAGUUGAAUGACAGCACGGCGACAAGAAUCUGCCAGCAACAGUAUUCGUUCUUCCUAGAUACCGAACUUAGUUCAGCAAGUUCGUCAAGUAACCGGUUGGUGAUGCGAAAUUCUGACCGGUAUCACUGUCCUUGGGGGUGUUUCCUCGCCAAGGACAAGAACAACGAGGCUGAGCAUCGUGAAACUCUGAGCUUCACUUCGAAGGAAGAUCUGGUCGACCAUUACAAAUACUGCUUUUCCUAUGGCGACUUAUCUGGCUUUUUCGAUGUAGGGGUUCGCAGCCGAUGCGUCAGAAUCUCAGAUGGUCAAAAGAUACGUGAUUUGUACUGCGAUUUGUCAUCAGCACUGUACGUUCGGAGUCAGAUCUUUGACUUUUUCACCAAGUCAGGAGAACUGCCAACAAAGACCUCCAAGUCAGGAACACGUUUUUCGCAAUCUCCUACUGGAAGGCGUAUUUUUCUGGUCAUUGAUGAUAAGUUCAGUUCAAAGAUCGAGCAAGUGCAAGAUACUCUUAGUGUGCAUGAGUCAGCAAUCGUUUGUGGUCUUGCUCGGUUGAUGGAGAGCAUAUCAAGUCGGUUUGAGGUCAGGACUACAGGAAAUCUACGAUUCGAUGACCACGAGUUGCUCAAGUACUGUUCAGUUGAGGAGACCAGAUCAUUAGUCAGUGUGAAUGUUGACGAGAGAGAAAGGCUCCAGGAAAAGAAAAGACUUUCAAGCGACACUUUGUGUAGCAACUGUAUUGGUUGUGAUCUCUGUACUCUUCCUUGGGAGAAGACGGUAAAGUGUUUGGAACCGAAUACAACCGAUGCCGAGAGUGAACACUGUUUUGGAUCUGGUUGCUGCCUCAUAAACACACUUAUUCGAAGUAGCGGAAUGCGGAAGGCUCUCCCCGGCAGUCUUGGAGAGGCAAAGGUCCUAAUUUUGGAAAUAGGGGAUAUUGUGCCGGAACAGCUAAAGGUUCGUGAGCCAAGGCGAAAUUUUGAUCCCCUUUUUGGAUGUAGACUUUGGGACGAAAACAACCAUGAUGUUUGGAAGCGAUUUGUGACAGAGGCAACAUGUGCGGGGCAGCUCUCCCAGGCAUACGUCACGCUGCUUGCGUCGAUACAAAAGGAGCUGCUUCCGGGCUGGUGGAGAACGGAUGGCGCUGGGUGGUCCACCCCUCAUGUGAUUCUUGUCAAUGGGAAACUCUCGUCUUUACUAUUACAUGUAUACAUCCUUGAUGCGGCGAUUGCGGAGUACAGGUGCCAAAAGCUUUACUCGAAGAAUACAGGCCCGUCGUCAAAUUCAAUAUUGAUGGCGGCCCAAAGGCCAAAACCGAGAAAGGUUACUGGGACAGCAACGGAGAGAAUGAAAAAGUAUAUGGAUUUGGCGCUAAAGCAAGGAUACGAAUUGAACAAAGGAGCAAAUGGAUCAGAAUGUUGCAUAUGUGACGAUGGCGGAAAUUUGCUCUGUUGCGACCUCUGUCCGAAAGUUCAACAUGCAGCUUGUUGUGAGCCACGCAUUGAAGGCAAUCCAAACACUUUGGAUACCUUCAUUUGUAAUGUUUGCAUCAAUGAUAUUGAGGAAUCCAUGGAAUUUAUGUAG